GUUCGUGGAAUCGGAGUGCUCGUUCGUCCGUUCUCAUCUGGUCUGGUCGGCGUGCAUUUGUGUCUCUGCGAAUUCACAUACGACAGCGUCGGUGAAAAUCAGUGCACUCGGAAGAGUCACAAUAAGGAUGUGGCGAGAUCCUCCAGGCGGAGGGUAUAAGAAACCCAUCCACGUCGCCGCUAUGUUACUGCUAGCUGUUAUCCUGACAUUGACAACGGUUAUUUCUGCCGAAGAUGCAUCUAUGGGACCGGUGUUUGUCAAGGAACCUCCGAACCGGAUUGAUUUCUCAAAUGGAACUGGAGCCGUCGUUGAAUGUCAGGCAAGAGGAAAUCCACAACCAGAUAUCAUCUGGGUCCGUUCCGAUGGAAAUACUGCUGUAGGAGACGUUCCUGGAUUGAGACAGGUUAUGCCGAAUGGAAAUUUGGUGUUCCCUCCUUUCCGUGCUGAAGAUUAUCGUCAAGAAGUUCACGCUCAGGUCUAUACCUGUUUAGCACGUUCUCCUGCAGGUUCGGUACACAGUCGUGAUGUCAACGUGAGAGCCGUGGUGGCGCAGUAUUACGACACCGACGUCAAUAAAGAAUACGCGAUCCGUGGGAACAGUGCCAUUUUGAAAUGUGUCGUUCCUUCUUUCGUCGCCGAUUUCGUCAAAGUUCUAUCCUGGCAUACGGAUCAGGGAGAGGAAUUCGUGCCUGGCGAUGAUUUUGAUGGAAAAUACUUGGUGCUGCCAUCCGGGGAGCUGCACAUCAGGGACGUCGGACCCGAAGACGGAUAUAAGACUUACCAAUGCCGCACGAAGCAUAGGCUCACUGGCGAAACUAGGCUAUCCGCAACGAAGGGUCGUCUCGUCAUUACUGAGCCAAUGGGAGCGAAGGGGCCGAAAUUCUCGAGUGACGAUCGCGUCAACUCAUUUAUACGCGCUGCGGGAAGUGCAUCGAGUUUACACUGUCCUGCGCAGGGGUUCCCCGUACCGUCGUUCAGAUGGUACAAGUUCAUCGAGGGCACAUUGAGGCGUCAGCCAGUUCCACUAAAUGAGCGUGUACGUCAGGUCAGCGGCACUCUGAUCAUCCGUGAAGCCCGAGUCGAAGAUUCCGGUAAAUAUCUUUGCAUCGUCAACAAUUCCGUCGGCGGCGAGAGUGUGGAGACCGUUUUGACUGUUACGGCGCCGCUGACCGCGGAAAUCGAGCCUAGCACGCAGACCAUCGAUUUUGGAAGACCAGCGACCUUCACUUGUACCGUCCAAGGCAAUCCGAUCAAGACCAUCUCCUGGCUCAAAGAUGGAAAGCCCCUUGGAUUGGAAGAUCGCGUGUUGAGAAUCGAGAGUGUGAAAAAAGAGGACAAGGGAAUGUACCAAUGUUUCGUUAGAAACGAUCAGGAAAGUGCGCAAGCAACGGCAGAGUUAAAACUUGGUGGCAGAUUCGAGCCCCCGCAGAUCCGUCAAGCCUUCGCCGAAGAGACUCUUCAACCCGGACCGAGUAUGUUUUUGAAGUGCGUAGCCAGCGGAAAUCCUACCCCCGAAAUUACCUGGGAACUUGAUGGAAAACGGUUGUCGAACACCGAGAGACUGCAAGUGGGACAAUACGUCACGGUCAAUGGUGAUGUCGUGUCGCAUCUGAAUAUUUCGAGCAUUCAUACCAAUGAUGGUGGUCUCUACAAGUGCAUCGCUGCGUCAAAGGUUGGAGCUGCCGAGCAUUCUGCCCGUCUCAACGUUUAUGGUUUGCCGUUUAUUCGUCACAUGGACAAGAAGGCCAUCGUUGCUGGAGAAACUUUGCGUGUCACUUGUCCUGUUGCUGGAUACCCGAUCGAAAGUAUCGUUUGGGAACGAGAUACCAGGGUCCUGCCAAUCAACAGAAAGCAAAAGGUCUUCCCUAAUGGCACACUCAUCAUCGAGAAUGUUGAACGAAUGAGCGACCAAGCAACCUAUACUUGCGUGGCACGUAAUGCACAAGGUUACAGCGCACGUGGAACACUGGAAGUUCAAGUCAUGGUUGCACCGCAAAUUGCACCGUUCGAUAUCGCCGAGGAACCAGCCAACUGGGGCGAUUCCAUUUCCGUGGUGUGCGCUAUUCUCAAGGGCGAUUUACCGAUCGAGAUCACGUGGGCUUUGAACGGCGAGCCGAUUCGGCCAGAUCGUUCGGACAUUAAUAUCUUGGCGACAACUCGGAAGAAUAGCAUCCUCAGCAUCGAGUCCGUGGCUGCGAGACACGCAGGAGAGUACACGUGCUCGGCGUCGAAUAAAGCCGGAGCGACCAGUUAUUCAGCGGCUUUAACUGUGAACGUACCUCCUCGUUGGAUUCUGGAACCUACCGAUAAAGCAUUUGCUCAAGGAUCCGAUGCACGAGUAGAAUGCAAAGCCGACGGAUUCCCCAAGCCUCAGGUCACAUGGAAGAGAGCUGCUGGGGAUACGCCUGGAGAUUAUACCGAUUUGAAAUUGAGCAACCCUGACAUUAGCGUGGAAGAUGGCACUCUCUCUAUUAACAAUAUACAAAAGACGAAUGAAGGCUAUUACCUUUGUGAGGCUGUUAAUGGAAUUGGAUCAGGCUUAUCAGCUGUCAUUCUUAUUUCGGUUCAAGCUCCUCCGCAAUUUGAAAUUAAACUAAGAAAUCAAACCGCUCGUCGUGGAGAACCGGCUGUAUUGCAAUGCGAGGCGCAAGGAGAGAAACCAAUCGGCAUUUUAUGGAACAUGAACAACAAGAGAUUGGAUACGAAGAGCGAUCCUCGUUAUACUAUUCGUGAAGAAAUCUUGGCUAACGGAGUAUUGUCCGACUUGAGCAUCAAACGAACCGAAAGAAGCGAUUCUGCCUUGUUCACUUGUGUAGCCACGAAUGCCUUCGGUAGUGAUGACACUAGCAUUAAUAUGAUCGUACAAGAGGUGCCAGAAGUUCCAUAUGGUCUUAAAGUGUUGGAUAAAUCAGGACGUUCGGUGCAAUUAUCAUGGGCCGCACCUUAUGAUGGAAACAGCCCGAUUAAACGAUAUGUUAUUGAAUACAAAAUUAGCAAGGGUUCCUGGGAAACUGAUAUUGAUCGAGUGCUCGUACCUGGAUCGCAACAGAACGUAGCCGGAGUGUACAAUCUAAGACCCGCGACCACCUACCAUCUUCGAAUCGUCGCUGAAAACGAAAUUGGCACAUCUGAUCCAUCUGACACGGUCACCAUUAUCACCGCAGAAGAAGCACCUACCGGCCCGCCAACUUCCAUUAAGGUGGAUGCUCUCGAUCAACACACGCUCAAGGUAACGUGGAAACCGCCUCCGCGCGAGGACUGGAACGGUGAGAUUCUCGGCUACUAUGUUGGAUACAGACAGUCGUCGGACAAGCCGUACAUGUUUGAGACUGUCGACUUCUCCAAGGAAGACAUAAAGGAGCACCACUUGCAGAUUGCAAACCUCAAGACUUACACCCAGUACGGCGUGGUCGUUCAAGCAUUUAAUAAAGUCGGCUCCGGACCAAUGAGCGAGGAACGUAGGCAACAUACCGCAGAAGGCGUGCCCGAGCAACCGCCUCAUGACACUACUUGCACAACUCUUACUUCUCAGACUAUCAGAGUGUCUUGGGUGUCACCGCCACUUAGCGCGGCAAACGGCGUUAUCACCGGUUACAAAGUCAUUUAUGGACCGUCCGAUACGUGGUACGACGAGAAUACGAAAGACACCAAGAUUACAUCUUCUAGCGAGACCAUUCUGCACGGUCUCAAGAAAUAUACCAACUACAGCAUGCAAGUUCUGGCUUUCACAUCUGGAGGAGACGGCGUUAAGUCUGCACCAAUUCACUGCCAAACUGAGCAAGAUGCACCCGAAGCUCCUAUUGCUAUCAAAGCUUUAGUCAUGUCUUCGGAAUCCAUUCUUAUCUCAUGGCGUCCGCCCAGCCAACCUAAUGGAGUUAUUUCUCAGUAUACUGUUUAUACGAAAGCAGACAAUGCAGAGGAGCCAACCAGUCAGAAAGUACCACCAAAUCAACUAACUCACGAAGCGUCUGGAUUAGACAAGCAACAAAGAUAUGAAUUUUGGGUGACCGCUAGCACGAAUAUUGGUGAAGGUGAAGCUUCCAAGAUUGUGACUUUGGGACCAAGUGUUCGAGUACCGGCCAAGAUCGCAUCGUUCGAUGAUAAGUUCACUGCAACAUACAAAGAGGACGUUAAACUGCCGUGUCUCACUGUCGGUGUACCCGCACCGGAAGUAACAUGGAAGGUACGAGGAGCUAAUCUUCAAACAACCGAACGAUUGAAGCAAUUACCCGAGGGAUCGCUAUUCAUCAAGGAAGUCGAUCGCGCGGACGCUGGAGAAUAUUCUUGUUACGUGGAAAACUCCUUUGGACAUGAUACCGUAACUCAUCAGCUGGUCGUCCACGCUCCUCCGCACUCACCUCAAGUUACCCUUACCGCCACCACCACCAACUCUUUGACGAUGAAAUUACGCCCGCAUCCCACGGACAAUGCACCGAUUCAUGGCUAUACGAUUCACUACAAACCUGAGUUUGGCGAUUGGGAAACCGUUCAGAUCAGUUCCACAGCACAGAAAUAUACACUCGAGAAUCUGUGGUGCGGUUCCCGAUAUCAGAUUUAUGUCACCGCUUAUAACGGAAUUGGAAUCGGCGAUCCCUCGGACAUUCUAAACACGCGCACAAAGGGCUCCAAACCAAUCAUCCCCGAAGCGGCGAAAUUCAUCGAGGUAUCCACGAAUAGCAUCUCUUUGCAUUUGAGCACCUGGUCAGAUGGUGGCUGCCCCAUGUUGUAUUUCGUUGUUGAACACAAGAAGAAAAUGCAGCAGGAAUGGAACCAAGUUUCGAACAACGUCAAACCAGGCGGUAACUUUGUAGUAUUGGAUCUGGACCCCGCUAGCUGGUACCAUUUGCGUGUUACGGCUCACAAUAAUGCAGGUUUCGCCGUGGCCGAGUAUGAAUUUGCGACUUUGACGGUGACUGGCGGCACCAUUGCACCGGCCCGCGAGCUGCCGGACGUGAACGGUGGUAGCAACGAUGAAGACCCAAUGAAAAUUUUCAUGGCUAACUUAAAUCUGGUCGUACCUGUGGUAGCAGCCAUACUCGUAAUAAUCGUUGCCGUCAUUGUGAUCUGCGUUCUCAGGGGGAAGGGUCACAGUAGCGAUAAAGACGACGUAGUCUACCAGCAAACCGGAGUUGGCGGCGCUACCUUGGACAAACGCAGAUCUGAUCUUCGCGACGAAUUGGGAUACAUCGCACCUCCGAAUCGCAAGCUUCCACCUGUACCCGGCUCAAAUUACAACACCUGCGAUCGUAUCAAGCGAGGUACAGUUAUAAGUGGAACUGGCUCAUUAAGGAGUCACUCGACGUGGGAUCCGAGGCGACACAUGUAUGAGGAAUUGAGUCACUACGCGCCCAAUAGGAGAUGCCCACCACCACCACCACGUAUGGGCAGCGCGGAUGGUCUUACGCACAGAGGAUUGCUUGCAAAUCUUUUUUUCGAUUCCAUUCUUAAUCAAACUGUAUUAGAAAUUGCUGUUAAAGUCAAAGUUUACACACGGGAAGCAAUCUUUAUAACAAUAUGUAUUGUUCAACAAUGUCUCGUAGAUUUUCCAUCUAUAGUGACGGAGUCUACCCUGAUUGAUUGUCCUUUUUUAGGUAUGGAGGAUGAGAUCUGCCCGUAUGCUACGUUCCAUUUAUUGGGAUUCCGUGAGGAAAUGGACCCGAGCAAAGCUAUGCAAUUCCAGACCUUCCCUCAUCCAGGAAAUGGCCAUUCUGGCACUAUGGGACCACCCGUAGGACAUCCGACUAACGCUUCUGCUCAUAGCCGCUCUGGAUCUCAGUCUAUGCCUCGUCAAAACGGUCGCUACUCUCGAGUACCAUCCCAAGGAGGCGGCAGCGGCACGCACAAUGUCUUUUCACCCGAAUACGACGAUCCGGCAAACUGCGCUCCCGAGGAAGACCAGUACGGAUCACAGUACGGACAAUACGGCGCACCUUACGAUCAUUACGGAUCUCGCGGAUCGGUCGGACGUCGUAGCGUAGGCUCGGCUCGCAACCUUCCCAUCUCUGGCUCGCCGGAACCACCUCCACCACCGCCGAGAAACCACCAGGAUCAGAAUAACUCCAGCUUCAACGAUAGCAAGGAGAGCAACGAGAUCAGCGAGGCCGAGUGUGAUCGCGAUCAGCUUGUCAACCGCAACUACGGCGUGAAUGCUCGCGGCAAGGACGGCAUGACCACCGAGGAGAUGCGUAAACUCAUUGAGAGGAAGCCAAACGAAGCUCCCGGCCGGCAAACCGGCGGCCCCCACGGCGGUCACGGGGGACUCCUCACACCCUACGAUACUGUGGCAGUGUAACCUGUAAAUCGUCAUCUUCCGUGGUCUUCCGCCUCUCUCGAUAGCCGGCGCGGCGGCCGCGAGGAAAGGAGCCGAGAGACGCGGAAAUGAAGCGCACGCUAACUCUUCCCCCGGUGCUGUCGUCGGUCCAAUUUGCAACGAUUUACGAUAGAAAUUAGAGACGUCGUCGCGAGUAGAUAGAUUCGAUUACCGUGUAAGGUGUACGCGUAUUGAUAUCAUCUCGAGAUCAUACGAUUACGGACGAGGAUUCUGCAGCCCGCCUCGCGAAAUGGGACCGCCUCCUUCGCUCUUGCGACCAUAUCACACGACUUUUCUCUUUCUCUCGCUCACGGCCUUCCGCUCUUUCAUUGUACUUCCUCGGGUACGUUCGUUUAUAUUUGAUCCUGGGGGAAGGCCAACUUGAAACUGCCUUGUUUUUGAGAAACCUUUUUGGACCGGUUUAGUCGAUUAUGCGCAUUCGAGAAGACCAAACUCAAGACUGUCUGUAUACUCUACUGCCCUUACCGCGAAGGAGGCACAGCGAUUCGUGAGGUCAGCCACACUUCGUUCGUAACUCUUUUACGAGUCCUAGAACUCCUCGCGCACGUCCGAUUACAUCUGAAAUUUUUUUGAUACCGAUAGCUGUAGAAAAUGACCUGCGUUUUGAUACAUGUCUUCCUCGAUGACGUGCGAUCAGACUCAAUAAUUUGAUAAAUGUAUACUUGACGACACGAACUUAUAAAUUAAUCGUCUAUCUCUGCACACACACACACACACACACACACGUGACGAAAUAUUUCGAGACACUGAGGGGAAUUUGAAUCUUUUCGCACUAUAUCGUCGAACGUGCGCGAGAUCUUGGAGGCUCGUGAGACUGCCGCGAGAGACUUGUCCUGUAGGAAGGCGAACACAGCCGGAAGUCGUGUUCGCGGACUGUUUAGUUGCGGCAGAGACGCGGCCCGCGAUGGUGCUCUCGGCGACGGUGGAUUUAACGGGGGUCUCUUCUGAUAUACAAUAUAUAUCCAGGAUAUAAUCCUAGGUUACAUUCGUCGCAGGAGUUGCGAAGGAUAAUGGAAAAAAAAAAAAAAGAAAGAAAGAAAGGAAACGUAUAAACGACAUAUAUGCGUAUACAUGAGAUUAGUUGGUCGCUUUUUAAGUCAUGGUUGUGCCACACUGCCGCUCCCUGCGGGCGUACGAUAUAUAGAUACAUACGUACACAUAUACUAUAUACAUAUACUGUACGAUUUAUAAUUUCGUAACGAAGGUUGUGUCCCCGCCCCUUUUCGCCCUUUUCACCCUUUUCGCCCUUUAGCCCCCUUGACGAUCGGUGAUCUUGAGUCUCGUGGUCUCGACGUCGCGGAGAGCAAGGUUUAUAGGGUACGUCGUCGCAUUUUCGUCUUUCGUCGUCGCUGUCAUCGUCGUCGUCCUUGUAGCGAUCCGUUUAGGCGAUCGAUUCGAGACAUUCCCAUAUUGUUCGCUCGAAAGGGAAUAAGUUUCCUAUAUACACGAAACACCGAUCGACUGUCCGUAGGAAGAACAAGGCGGCAAGCCAUCGAGGGAACGCUUCGAUAUACACACGGCAGGCCAGCCAGAGCCUCACAACAUUACGAUAUACAUGAUCGCCACGCGCGCUGGCGCGUGCACGCAAUAUACGCCACACUACACUUGCUGUCGUCCUAUAUGAUAUAUUAUAAAUAUUUAGUCCGCUGUAUACACCUAAUUAUUCCCCCUCCCCUUCCCCCCCCCCCCCAUAUCGAUCAAUUACGCGACGUACCGUACGUAAGAUUCACUGACAUCGCGACGAUGAUCGUUACAGGUGUAAGCGAUUCGAGUAAUAAAAGAAGUUGGUUUAACGUAGAUAGUUUGUAAGUCGGACGGAUGGUCGCGAGAAGGCGAUCGUUGAUUAUCGCGACGGGGCGAGAGGUCGGGAUCUGGUUGACGGAACGUAUACCUCAGGACGCAAAUCGAAGAUCGACGGUCCGCGAUCGGACGAUUGAUCUUUUGCUGGUUCGAUGAACGAAGCGGAUGCUUCUCGAACUUCUUCGCGUAUGCACCAGCCCGACGUCGCGCAACGCCGCGGCCACGACGCCGCGUCUCAUAGUUCGUUUUUAUCACGAUACUAUUUCUAGAUAUAUACAUACAAAUAUAAAUAUAAAUAUAUAUUAUAUAUACACUAACUAUAUAUACAUACAUACGUUGUAAGUAGCUAUUUCUAGGUGUCGCAUUUGUUUGCCGAGGCGAUGCGCGAGCCGACUACCAGUUGGGCGACCGGACCAAGAAACACUCUCGAAAAAUUACCAUCACGUGGAUAUCAAUUAUAUUCCCGCGUAUUCAACUCUCAUCUUGUGAAUUAUUGUUCCUUGUUGAUGUGAUUGUCAUUAACUCAUUUCAUCCAAUCUAUUACAUCGAUCGAAAGAAAAUAUUUUGUGAAAUUUACUUGAUAUUAUUAUUCCGGUGCUAAUGACAUUUUAAAGUCAAUUUCAUUCAAGCCGCAAUUAGUACGGCCUAAAUUGAUACUGCCAUUCGUUUUUUAUUACUCACUGCACUCAGAGACAAACAUAUAGUGACUAUACGGGUUUUGUAUUAUGUAGAACUAAUGUAUCGAGACAUAAUUGAAUAAACUAUUUUAUAAUUGCAAUGACUAUAAAAUAGUUAUUCAAGUUUAUACGAGCGUACAUGAACUCUACAUAAUAUAGAGCAUUGCUGCUUACUACGUCUUUCCUCUGUGAGUGUGGGAUGAGGUUAAAACUGUAAAAAUGCGCACACAUAGGCUGUAAAGAGAGAAUUUUCGAAAUAGAGGUUCGAAUAGAAGGGUGCUUCGAGUCCGUUCGAGUCGCUUCUGCUCUCGCAGAGGAAUUCCUACCCUCUGCCACUCGAAACUGGUUGCGGCUCGACGCGCCAACGCACUUUUACUCAUCGAUGUGAUUUUAAAAGGCUGCGCAAGAAGCCUCGUGUCUCGUGUAUAUGUUACAAUCGCGCUCUUACCGUAAUUAACGUAGCCGUAUCUCGUCCCAAAUCACCCUUUACGAUUUACAGUAUCACGUUCUACUCACGUAACUCGCCCCCGCGAAACUUUGUCGCUUCGAAUCGCUUCCGAAUCUAACCAGAGCUAAUACGGCACAGGCCGAUAACAAUGAUGAUAACAAUGAUGAUGAUAUUAAUGCAUUCGUAUAUAGUAAUACGAUCACGUCCGCGCGCUACCUUGGUCGCGGUUUUUAACUUUUCUCUUAAGCGAAGUGGACGUCCGCGACGUCGCACAGGUGAUAAACGUUUAUGUUGUAAGCGGCCCGGGGUGACCGGCAAAAGGGGCUAUGAACGAGGCACAUUUUAGUGCAGAUAAAUCAGCUGUUUAAUAUCGAUCCUCGCGAUUAACUUCGGCUAAACAUCAAAUGUUUUUCGCAGCUGGAACGUUGCGACGAUGAUGAGUAAUACUCAAAGACUGAGAAUUUUACGUCCAUGUUUGCUUCAUCCAUCUCAUUGCACACUCGCGGUUACUUUUUGUGUACUUCCACACAGUAGAGCAUUGACAUAUGCGCCGUCCUCGUGCCUUUCUUGCCGGAUACCCCCCGUGCCCAUCGUUCGCUCGUCGCGCUUCUCGUGAUCGACGUUAUAUAUAUAGGUACUGCGUAGUAAUUCUUUGCAAGAUUCGACGUUACUUUUUUGAGGGACGCCGCGAAGCGUGUCGCUCGCUUGUGUAUGCUUGAUUGAUAAUAUUGCGUUGAAAGCAUUUGGCUGUUCUUUUCGUACGACGGCGAGCGCGGUUCUUCGAGCUCGUGUUCUCUCCCCCUUUCCAUUCAUUCCUUCCUUACCAUCGCUGAUCGCGUUGCCUGUCAAACCCGAAGCGUUUCCUUCGCGUCCUUUUGACGAUCCUCGCGUACGUGCGAAAGAAUUCGCGGGAACGUGAUCUCACGUUUGAUAGUGGAUAGUGGAAAAGUAACCAAAAG